AAUGUCUUAUAUUUAGGAACGGAGGGAGUAGCUUGCAUGCACACACAUGAACACAUCUCUAUGUGUCCACACUGCCGCAGCUACUGCUACAUGCAUUACUUACAAAGAAAUAUGCAGAUACAUCAUAACAAGAUUAGUGCUAACAUCUGGCAAGCUCUGCUGCCGAGUUCCAUGCCGGUCAACAGCAGCAGGUCCCCAUGCACAGCGCCUCCUCCUCUCCUUGCCUGUGCUCUCCUCCUCCCUCCCCCGUAUCCCCCUUCUCGUUUUCUCUUGGCCCGAGCAGGAACACCGAGUCGAGCCGUCGCCAUGGACGCAUGGCCGCCGCCGAUGUGAAGCUCGCCAGGUGCAGCCUCCCGUCGCCGUCCAACAGAGCCGCAUGUUGCCUCGCGGACGCCAUGGAUGGCCCCUGUAGGACCUCGCCCCCCGGAUCCGUGCCGUCCCAGCCACCUCCGCUGGAGCAACCCUGCAUCCCCGACCUUGACACAGAGCUAUCUCUGUUUCGUUUUCAGCUUGCUUCGUCUCGAUAGAGUUUCGCAAGCGUGUCAGAAU